GGGGGCGUUCAGCUCUCCAGGCCGCUUCCCACGUGUAAAGUAUGAAAAUGCCGAGGUUCAACCAAUUCCCCUGAAGUACAACUGCGGCGGUAAGCUGAUACACUAAGCUGAAUGUCAUGCCAGAGUCGCCACAUGGCUUUGAAAACCUCAAUCGUCCUCACAUUCGAGACUUUGCUCACAGUAGCCAUGCGGACUCAAGACAGACUAGGCUGAUUGGUAGAUGUGUAUUCGUGGUCAAUGUGCCAGAUUUCUCCGCCAUGGAAGCUCAUGUAAUUCAAGGCUCGCGUACUUUCGGAGGUGCCGCGAAACCCUGUCUACAAGCUUCCCCGCCGCGCCAAAGCAUGUGGCAAGACAUCUUUCGUCCAGCGGAGGUGUAUCACAAAGAGUCGAAAUCAAGGAUUCGAGUGAGGAGUUGGAACAUCAUGCGAUGACCACUGGACAAGAUAGGCAGAAGUUGGUAGUGGGCGUAAUCGGCGGAAUGUCGCCAGCAAGUACCGUGGUGUAUUACCAAGAGUUGAACAGGCUAGUAAGGUGUCGGCUCGGCGGUAACAGUUCGGGGGCGGGCGGAAACCCAAUCUGCUUCCAACGCCUUCCUACUUCAUGUUCCCACCUACUUCUUCCGACUGGCGUGUAGUAGUUUUCACCGAAACCAUUGAACAUGGAAGUUGUUGUUCAAUUUCUUAAAUCUGUGGAAAAGCACGCGAUAAUCCCAGAGAGCGGCCAAGAGCGCCCAGGAUUGCCCAGAACUCCGAGCCCUUGGCCCUUCACAGUGGAUGCCCAUUUCUCACAACCAGAUUCGACGGGGCUACAGGGCACGCCACUGAGUGCCUAGGGCACAAUGCCAGAUUUUGCGCAGUGUGAAUUUUGCUGCCAUUGAGGAGCUCCAGCAAAGUGGGAGAUGGGAUGAUUCUGGGAUCGUUCUGGGGCGAAUCGCUCAAGAAUUGCAGAAGAAUGGUGCUGGGCUGGUGAUAUUGGCUACGAACACCAUGCACAAGGUGGCUCCAGCGAUUACCGCGUCUCUGACAAUUCCGUUCUUACACAUUGCUGACGCGACGGCGACAGCGAUAAAGGCAGCUGGUUUCAACAGACCGGGCAUCAUAGCGACCAGAUAUACAAUGGAGCAAGAUUUCUAUUUGGGACGGUUUCGCGACUACGGCUUGGACCCGGUGGUGCCCAUUGGGCCAGAUCGCACAUAUUGCCAUCGAAUUAUCUUCGAGGAGCUUUGCAAGGAUCUCGUGCGUGAUGAUUCCCGCACUGCGUUUGAGCAAAUCGCUGAGCGGCUUGUGGUGGACGGCGGGAUCGAUUGUCUCGUUCUGGGUUGUACUGAGGUUGGUCUGCUUCUGAACUCAGGCAAUGUGUCAGUCCCCGUGUUCGACACACUUCUGUUGCACUGUCAGGCUGCCAUUGAGAAGGCUUUUUCUGGAUAGCUCGCAAACGAGAGAGACACGUGAGGUCAUUCGAGCGUGCAUGCAACCAGGCUCUUCAUUUCUCACAGGAGAAGUUGUCCAGAUUCGCUGAAAGCAUGUCCAAAAUGAAGGGCGCACAUAUUCAUGGGAUCGGUGUUUCACUGGUGACAUCUUACUGGCGCAAAUUACUCAUUUGAGGGAGUUCAUUUCGAAGCUCACAUCAUCCUGACCCUGCGAGGAGGUGAGGCCAACUGCACCGUGUCCGGCGAAUUUGACGGAGUCCAUCGCAGAAUCCCAGACGGGCGCCCUCGCUCAGGACAUCCUCGCAGCAUCGGCCCCAGGGGA